AUUGCACCUGGAUAAACUAUGCUGGAUUAUUCACAAACAGUCGCAACAACUUUCCUUCCACUAAACUAAAGGACAUCGCUGUAAACGAGAUGCAGCAACUCAGCGGGUCUAUUGAUAUACGUGCUAUUUCCUUACUGUUUCAUCCUUCUGGAGAAUAAAACCACAGUGGAGAAGUACACUGCUCGGCAAACUAGCUUUCCCCGGUGUUACAUUUAAUUAACGCAUUAAAAGCAAGCCCUCAUCCCAACGCACACCGAGCUCAACCUCCCGCGGAGCCCCUUCUUAGCCCGGUUGUGAGCGAGCUGAAGGCUGUGCAGAAUCACGCAGUGUAUCGGUUUGGAAGUACAGAGUCCCCGCCUCUCUCUCUCCCUCUCUCUUUCGCUGUCUUCGGGAAUCUUUUUUUUUUCCAGAGACCCUCUCGCAUUGCAGACGCUGAGCUCUCCCAGUCCCCUACGAUAGAAAAAGAGAGAAGCUCUUUGCUGGUCCGUAUUUUGGGUGAGACAGACGUGGAACUACGCUACACACCACACUGUUCUAUACUACAGUACACUACAAUACACUACACAACACGACGCUAAUUUAGCAUAAAGAGCGAGAAGCAAAAAGAGUAUUUUAGUCUGAGAGACGGAGAUACGCACAUACUCCAGUCUGGAGAUGGGAGUGGUGAUGGGAACGUUUUCCAUGCAAACCAAACAAGUGGGCUUUCGCAAAGACAAGGUGGAAGAUGACCUAGAGAUGACGACGGUGUGUCAUCGGCCUGAGGGGCUGGAGCAGAUGGAGGCACAGACCAACUUCACCAAAAGAGAGCUGCAAGUGCUCUAUCGUGGCUUCAAAAACGAAUGCCCGAGUGGUGUGGUCAAUGAAGAUACCUUUAAGCAGAUCUACGCACAGUUCUUCCCACAGGGAGAUGCCAGCAUGUACGCACACUAUCUCUUUAAUGCCUUCGACUCUGCUCACAAUGGAUCUGUCAAAUUUGAGGAUUUUGUGAUGGCGCUCUCAAUCCUGCUGAGAGGGUCAGUGAGGGAGAAGCUGAGUUGGACCUUCAACCUGUAUGACAUCAACAAGGAUGGCUACAUUAACAAGGAGGAGAUGACUGACAUUGUGAGAGCCAUUUACGACAUGAUGGGCAAGUACACAUACCCAGUGCUGAGAAGAGACGCGCCACGGCAACAUGUCGACACCUUUUUCCUGAAAAUGGAUAAAAACAAAGAUGGAGUUGUAACAUUGGACGAGUUCAUCAUGUCUUGUCAAGAAGAUGAAAACAUCAUGCGAUCCCUGCAGCUCUUUGAGAGUGUGAUGUAAGAGGGAGGACGGGCGGUUCAAAGACCAUGAACUCUGUGUUUGACCCUGAGUCCGGGGCUGAGGCAGGAGUGAACUGGGACCCCCUUCCACCCUGGUGGAGAGCCCAGGACACCCCUGUUUAUUCAGGGGGGAGGGGGCUCCCCUGGGCAGACCCUGGAGACUCAGGGGUGGCAUGGGGUUGGGGGUUCAGAGCUAGGGGUCUGAGGACUGGAGUCUCCUGCCCCACUUUUUUCUACCGCAUGUUGUUGUUUUCUCAGUUUGUCAGGAGGGCAGGCAUCAUGGGUGAGUGGGUGGGCGGUACUUUCAGUUUUCUUUUUCAACUUUUUGUUGCCUAUAGCAAAUGAAGAAAUAAAAAAAAAUUGCAAGCAAAAAUCUAGCUAGCAAUCUUGAUCAUGGGCUGCACUGUAAUAAACAAUAAACAAUCCUACACGGAUUCUUUAAAAUAUACAGGUCCUGAAAUCAGGAUGCCACUUUGUAAUGUUGCUGUGAAGAAAACAGAACAAUGAAACAGGUGUAGGCAAAUAAUGGCUGUCACUUUCCAACAGCAGCAGUUUAGUGGAAUACUGACUUUCUGACCAAUGUAUAUAAAGGCAAACAUGAUAGGUUUGCAAUGCCAAAAUGAAUGGCUUUGCAGCAAUACUCGUCCUUUAGAUCUGCAAAGGCACAAAAGUCUACUCCUUUUCUAAACAGAAAUAAAAACUGUGCUUGUUUUCCAACUAGCUAUAUAAAAUAUUGCAGCUACGGGUAAAUAAAGCCAUUAAAUACUAUUUUAGAUUUUUAAAGUGGGCAUUACAAAAUGUUUUUCAAACUUUGUGAAGCAGACAUUGGACCUUAGUAAAUCCUGAAGUUCUAUGCUUUAUUUGAUGCCUUAUUAAUGUUAAUUAAUACUGUGCAUCGAGUUCACGAGCCAGGGACAAUUUGGUAGUUACACUGUAAUUGCACAAUCAUUCGUAGGUAAUUGCAGUGCGACAAUCUGCUUUGACAGCAGCACUGAACCCGUUCAGUCAUAGAGCCGUACUUCUGUCUGACACUCCUGUUUGUUAGCGUCAGUCCAGUUCCUUGUGUGUGUAUAUAAGUACAGCAAAAGAUGCGUGUGAGAGCAUUAUGUGUUUCAGACCAUGUUGUCCUCAGUAGUAAAUAAAAGCAUGAAAAAAAACUAGGGAGAGUAGAAUAAAAGUAUGAAUGUAGUUUUAUUUUCUGCUGCUGCUAUUUAGGCGUAGGAUUAUUUUUAAGAAAGAACCUGCAUUUUAUUUGGAUAAUGACAUGGCUGUCGAUAGCAAGUCCUUGUGAUUGCAUCUUCAAACAUUCAAUUAUAAGUUAGAGGGUAGUACGGAUACAGUGUGUAUGUUAUGUGGGUGUGUAUGUAUGCUUGCAGGCACAUCUCACUCCACUUAAGACUUACACCAGACAAAAGGCUGACACCACAGUGAUUCAACUUCAGAAUCACAAGUUACAAUUUAAAGUCGGAUGGAGAAAAAAUGUCUAUUACAGAGGAUUUUGAUGGGAGGGGACAGUUAUUACUCCUCAGUGGCAUCUAGCUCAUGUGAGCCACAUCUUUACCACAUCAGGAAAUGUGCUCUAUCUGCAGCUGACAGACCUCCUACUGGCAAGAACACAGCCAUGAAGCUUUCUGAACUGACCAAGUAUGAAUUCUGCAUUGCAACCGUGUAGUUCUAUAGUGAAAAGUGCUAUUUUAUUACAUUUAAUUGUUUAUCAUUACAAAAUCUAUAUGUUUGCAUGUGAUUAAUGGCUUUUUGAUAAUGAAUUCUACUUUUAGCACCAAUAGGUUUUAAAACAAAACGUUCUGCCACUGGUUUUUUUCCAUUAAUAUGAAAUAAAAUAAAGCAUUGUCUAAAGAUGUGCCUGUGGGCAUGUAUCGACAGUAUGCAUAAAUGCAUGGAUGAGCUGGAGUGUUUGCCUGUGUUUUUAAAUGUUAAUAAUUAAGUUGCAGCUGAAAGAAGCCAAGCUCCGUUCGUAUUCGUUUGAUGUUCAUGUUGUAAUUCAAAUCCCCCAAAACCCCCCCCGCCCAAAAUCAUUCCCCCAGAAGCCCCAGCCUGACCGACUGAGCAAACCGUUUUCAGUGUUUCUGAGUAUGUUUGUGUAACUUCCUGUGGGUUUCGUGUGGUCCUGUCUUUUGUUCCAAAGAGAUGUUAUUGUUUGUACUGACACUGGUAAAAAAAAAUAAUAAUAAAUUCCACCAACCCACCAAAACCUGAGACUGGAAAUCAUAUUAACGUUGACUACUAGAGUUCUGUUAGGGAAAAUGCACCAUUCUUAACAUUUUGAUUAGAUCAUUCAAAUCGGCCUCUUUGGGUACCAGGUUCAUGCAAUUUAAACAUCUAUCAAUGCACAGGUGUCUCUAAAGUGUAUUUCUAUCAGUAAUGUAAUGCUGUUUACAUCAGCUGAAUAGUCGCCAACUGUACGUCUCUUCCAGUUCCCAUUGUGCUCAAAAUGGGUUAAAAGGAGGAGUGUGUACAAACAGUUUAGGGUUGCCUGCAGUACUAAACACAACUGAUUUUUUUUUUUUUUUUUACAAUUGGCACCCUGCAUUGUAAGAGACUGUUGGCUAUGCUAUUGAGAGUGCGUUGGGUCUUGCCUCUUUGUUCUAGUAUCUGUAGUCCCUGUCUGUGUCUAUGUGGUAGUCAGUUUGUGUUCUGUCCUGGAGGUGACCAUCUGGUUUCUCUGAACAACGAUAUUAUUAUUGAACACUGUGAGCCUCUCAGACAAAGAAAGAAAGAAAGAAAGAAAGAAAGAAAGAAAGAAAGAAAGAAAGAAAAGAAAACCUGUCCAUGAGAGUUUAGGAGUCCAAGCCAUGGCAACACGUUGAGAAAUACUCUUUCAGGGGUUGUGAACCCACCAAUGCCAUCCAAUCAGCUUCAUCCACUCAUCAAUGCUUUUGGUUAAUUCACUGAAUGAGUCUAAAGAAAAAAAAAUGUAAUUUUUUUCCUGCUGAGAUGUUGUAUAAAGAAUAUUUAACAAUAAACUUUUGAGAGAACUUUU